AUGAAGCUGAAAUGGGAAUCAGUCUCUACGCUUCACCAAAAUGUAUUUCUCAUCAAGCUCGUCUCUGCUAUUCUCAUAACCGGUCUCACGUUUCGCUUCUUCAUCUUCCGCUUCGGCCAAAUUUCCCCUGUUCAAGUGUCGGUAACCGGAAAUCCCGAUUCCAUGAUUUCGCCGCCUUCCGUUAUCUUAUCUGAUAACGAAGAUCUACUUCCCGUUGAUAUUGUGGUGGAGAAGUGUGAUCUCUUCACAGGGAAAUGGAUCAAAGACCCUCUAGGACCACUCUACACAAACGGCUCCUGUGGUAUAUUCGUAGACGCUCACCAGGAUUGCAUCACCAACGGCCGUCCUGACUCUGGUUUCCUCUACUGGAAAUGGAAGCCAAACGACUGCUCUUUGCCUCGCUUCGACCCUCAUAGGUUUCUCCAGCUCAUGAGGAACAAGUCCUGGGCCUUCAUUGGUGACUCCAUCGCCCGUAACCAUGUCGAGUCUUUGCUCUGCAUGCUCUCCACAGUUGAAAAACCGGUUGAAGUGUACCACGACGAGAACUACAGAUCAAAGCGUUGGCGUUUUCCUUCACACAAUCUCACAAUAUCCAACAUUUGGUCGCCGUUUCUCGUCCACGCCGACAUUUUCGAAGACUCGAACGGUGUCUCAUCAGGUGCGGUCCAGCUCCACCUCGACAGACUCGACAAGACGUGGACUGAUCUGUUUCCGAGCCUCGACUACGCAAUCAUCUCAUCCGGGGAAUGGUUCUUGAAAACCGCAGUCUAUCACGAGAACGCUAACCCCGUCGGAUGCCACGGCUGCUUGGCAAGUGCCAACAUGACGGAUUUAGGAUUCGACUAUGCUUACAACACGUCGUUGCGCCAUGUGUUGGACUUCGUGGCGAGAUCUGAUACUAAAGGGAUGAGCUUUUUCCGGACUUCGAUACCGGAUCACUUCGAGAACGGAGAAUGGGAUAGCGGCGGGAAUUGUAAGAGAACAGAUCCGGUGAGUGAUGGGGAAAUGGAGAUGAAGAAUUUGAACAAGAUCUUGAGGGAUGUUGAGAUUAGUCAGUUUGAGAGGGUGGUUAUGGAGAUGGGUCAGGAGGAGAGUGGGAAUUUGAAGCUUUUGGAUUUCGCCGGAAUGUUGCUGACCCGACCCGAUGGGCAUCCGGGUCCGUACCGGGAGUUUAGGCCGUUUGAUAAGGGCAAGAACGCAAAGGUACAGAACGAUUGUUUGCAUUGGUGCUUGCCUGGUCCGAUUGAUUACUUGAACGAUGUUAUAUUGGAGAUCGUAGUCAAUGGUUGA